AUGGCGACCUUUCUGGAUAACGCGUACAGCCUCGUCCACCAGGACAAUGCUGCCGACCAGCCCACGCUGCAGGAGCUCAAGACGCAGCUUGAGAAGGGCACCGACGAGACCAAGAUCGAGACAAUGAAGAAGAUCCUGACCAUUAUGCUGAAUGGCGACCCCAUGCCUGGUCUGCUCAUGCACAUCAUCCGAUUCGUCAUGCCGUCCAAGAGCAAGCCUCUCAAGAAGCUCCUGUACCUGUACUAUGAGAUAUGCCCCAAACACGAUGCCAAUGGCAAGCUGAAGCAGGAAUGGAUCUUGGUCUGCAACGGCAUGCGCUUCGAUCUGCAACAUCCCAACGAGUACAUCCGGGGUAACACCCUUCGCUUCGUCUGCAAGCUCCGUGAUGCCGAGCUCGUCGAGCCCCUUCUUCAGCCCGCCAGGCAAUGUCUCGAGCACCGUCACGCCUACGUCCGCAAGAACGCCGUUUUUGCCAUUGCGUCGAUAUACCAGCACCUGGAAGCUCUCAUCCCCGAUGCGCCCGAGCUUCUCCUGAACUUUUUGGAGGAGGAGAACGAUCACACGUGCAAGCGCAAUGCUUUUGCAGCCCUGGCGUCGAUUAGCCACGAUAAAGCGCUGGAAUACUUGAGCGGCGUUUUUGAUGGCAUUCCCAACGCAGACGAGCUUCUGCAGCUUGCGGAGCUUGAGUUCAUCCGCAAGGACGCCGUGGCCAACCCCCAGAACAAGGCCCGCUACCUCCGCCUGAUCUUCGACCUUCUCGAAGCCAAUACCUCCACCGUCGUGUACGAGGCUGCGUCUUCGCUUACCGCUCUGACCAACAACCCGGUUGCCGUCAAGGCAGCUGCCGCCAAAUUCAUUGAGCUGAGCAUCAAGGAACCCGACAACAACGUAAAGCUUAUUGUCCUCGAAAAGGUGGAUCAAUUGAGGCAGAAGAAUGAGGGCAUUCUCGACGACCUGGUCAUGGAGAUUCUCCGUGUUCUUUCCAGCACUGACAUUGAUGUACGCAAGAAGGCCUUGGAGCUUGCUAUGGAAAUGGUGUCGAGCAAGAACGUGGAGGAAGUCGUCAUGCUCCUCAAAAAGGAGCUGUCGAAGACUGUGGACGAACAGUACGAGAAGAACACCGAGUAUCGGUCGCUGCUCAUUCACUCGAUACACCAAUGCGCCAUCAAGUUCUCCGAGGUUGCCGCCAGCGUUGUCGACUCGUUGAUGGACUUCAUUGCGGACUUCAACAAUGCCUCUGCGGUGGACGUCAUUUCUUUUGUCAAGGAGGUGGUGGAGAAGUUCCCGGAUCUCAGACCGUCGAUUGUGGAGCGUCUGGUGUCUACCUUGAGCGAAGUUCGGGCCGGCAAGGUGUACCGCGGUGCCCUGUGGAUUGUGGGAGAGUACUCGUUGGAAGCCAAUGACAUCCGUGAGGCCUGGAAGCGGAUUCGUGCGAGUCUUGGAGAGAUCCCGAUUCUCGCCUCGGAACAGAGGCUACUUGAGGAGGUCCCUGAUGGCCAACCCGAUCCUAAGGAUCAGAUCAACGGCCACGCGAAGUCCGCUCCUACCGGUUCCAGGAAGGUGCUGGCAGACGGCACCUAUGCCACGGAGAGCGCUUUGACCAGCCAAGCCGCCGUCAAGGCCAAGCUGGAGGCAGUGAAGGCAGCCCAGAAGCCUCCGCUCCGCCAGCUGAUCCUGGACGGCGACUACUACUUGGCUACUGUGCUGUCCUCGACUCUUACCAAGCUUGUCAUGCGCCAUUCCGAGAUCUCCCAGGAAACCGCUCGUACCAAUGCACUCAAGGCAGAGGCUAUGCUCAUCAUGAUCUCCAUCAUCCGUGUUGGCCAAUCACAGUUCGUCAAGACUCCCAUCGAUGAGGACUCGAUUGACAGAAUCAUGUCCUGCGUCCGCGCCCUCGCCGAAUUCCAACAGAAGAAGGAGCUGGAGACCGUCUUCCUGGAAGACACCAGGAAAGCGUUCCGCACUAUGGUGCAGUAUGAGGAGAAGAAGCGUCUUGCCAAGGAAGCAUCGGAAAAGAUGAAGACUGCAGUCCAGGUCGACGACGUGAUUCCCAUCAGGCAGCUUGCGAAGAAGAACGCCGUCGACGGCGCCGAUGAGAUUGAGCUUGAUCUAGAGAAGGCCACCGGAGGCGACAGCACUACCGAGGAUCUCUCCUCGAAGCUCAGCAGGGUCGUGCAGCUUACUGGCUUCUCCGACCAGGUUUACGCCGAGGCAUACGUCAAGGUCCACCAAUUCGACAUCGUCCUCGAUGUCUUGCUGGUCAACCAAACGACCGACACCCUGCAGAACCUCUCGGUCGAGUUUGCUACGCUCGGAGACCUAAAGGUUGUUGAGCGGCCGACUACACAGAAUCUCGGACCCCAUGACUUCCUGAACGUGCAGGCCACGAUCAAGGUGUCAUCAACCGACACUGGCGUGAUCUUUGGCAACGUUGUGUAUGACGGCGCGAGCUCCACGGACACCAAUGUCAUCAUCCUCAACGACGUGCACGUGGAUAUCAUGGACUAUAUUCAACCUGCGCACUGCUCGGAAACACAGUUCAGAACCAUGUGGACCGAGUUCGAAUGGGAGAACAAGGUCAACAUCAACUCCAAGGCCAAGACGCUCCGGGACUUCCUCAAGCAGCUGAUGGCGGCCACCAACAUGAGCUGUCUUACCCCAGAAGCAUCCAUGAAGGGAGAUUGCCAGUUCCUGAGCGCCAACCUGUACGCUCGCAGCGUGUUUGGCGAGGACGCGUUGGCCAACCUGAGCAUAGAGAAGGAAGGCGAAGACGGCCCGGUCACCGGCUUCGUCCGGAUCCGCAGUCGCUCGCAGGGCCUGGCACUGGCUCUUGGCUCACUCAAGGGCAUCAACAAGGCGGGCGAGUCGUAG